GUCUAAACAGCUGAUCGCAUGUAUUGACAAAAUUUACGAAAAGGACUUUCAAAUGAAAACAUUUAGUCAAUAGUGGUUUUACAAUUCGUUUGAUAACACUUCCAGUAUGGAGUCUGGUUUAUAAAUUGAAGAUAAAUUAUCAUAAUGAGCAAAAUGACAUUGUAUCUAAGUUAACGAAACAUCAGUAGCCUUGCUAGGUACUUCACAGAAGACAUAAGUUAUGGAGGAAACAGUUAUUCGGAAUAGAAAACAAUUUGAUGAACAUGUAACGUCUCAAAGAUUUAUAUCAAAUGAUAAAUCAAAUACGACAUUAACUAAGAUAGGCAAACCAGAUGAGCUUCACUCCAUGCCAUUACGCGAUAGAUGUAACUCUUCAACUUCCUCCAGUGAAUUGGACAGGGGUGUCGAUGAUAUCAGACAGAAUAGAACCCCGAAGAGGAGUGUAUCAGAGUAUGCAAGUAAACAAAAGAGACAUUUAGUCAGAAGCAUUUCUGCCCCAGAGAAAAGAAGCACUUUUACAGAUUUUCUCUCUAGUUCUCGUCGUAUGGUUACACGCGCAGAAGAUUUUGUGAAACAUGUGAUUGAAGCUGGUUGGAAUCUUGUACAUCACCGUCAUCUUCCAGAUUGGCUACAAGACAAUGAAUAUCUAUUGUUUGGACAUAGACUACCGUUAAAUUCAUUCAAAGCGUGCUUUAGAUCUGUAUUUCGAAUUCAUACAGAAACCGGAAACAUUUGGACACAUCUACUAGGUAUGAUAGCCUUCAUAAGUAUAGCAGCAUACACUCUCAGCAGUCGAUACAUAGACUGGAUGUGGCAGGACAUCACCGUACAUAGCGUAUUUUUCGGCGGUGCCAUAUUAUGCCUCACCUUCUCCUGGGUAUUCCAUACAGUGUUCUGUCACUCUGAAAAUGUUAACAAAUUGUUUAGCAAACUGGAUUACUGUGGUAUUGCACUUCUUACAGUUGGGUCAUUCGUACCGUUUCUCUAUUAUUCAUUCUUCUGUCAUUUUGUGGCACAUAUGGUUUAUCUGGUUUCCAUCAUUAUCCUCGGUACCAGCUGCAUCAUAGUAUCCUUGUUUGACAAAUUCGCUACGCCAACGUAUAGACCACUUCGUGCAGGUUUGUUUAUUGCCCUUGGCUUGACAGGAGUGAUACCAACAAUACAUCUAGUCACAAUAGUUGGUAUAUAUCCUGCAAUGUACGAGUACAGUGUCCUACAUCUUCUUACGAUGGCAUUCCUUUAUAUCGGAGGGGCCUUAAUGUAUGCAUUUAGGGUUCCAGAAAGCCUCUAUCCGGGCAAGUUUGAUAUCUGGUUCCAAAGCCAUCAGAUAUUCCAUGUCUGUGUAAUUGCAGCAGCUCUAGUUCACUUCAGAGGAAUACAAAUCCUUUCUCAUACAAGGCAUAAUUUAACUGAAUGUUCUGCUUAAAAUUGUUGUGUAGAUGUUGGUUUUCUCAUGGCGCGGCUCAAUUAUGAAAUUUAGAGCUGCCUAUCCAACAGGAAAACCAAAGCAUAUGGGGUUACUUCUUCAUAGUAUGCACUUUCAUAUCUUUUAAAUUCUAUGUUAAAACCAUUGAAAUAGAAGACAUGAAAUAAAUAGAAAAUCUG